CUUUGGCUCACGGCGCUAAGGUGGAGCCAAUUUUUAGCGUCUCAAUCUGCUGAACUGUUCGAUAUUAGAGACGAAUUUCUAAAUAAUCAUAGACAGAUACUUCAAAUUUUGUAAUAUAGAUUUUUUUGUUGAAACCCUAGACAGACAUCGUACCAAACCGGUACCGAUAACUUGUAUUCAGCCAUAAUAACUUGAUUGAAGAAGAAUUUAUGUAGAUUUUUACUUUAGGUUUUGUGCUAGCAUCGUAAACAGCUUUGCGCCUACGAUAACUAUUUGUGAUAAAAAUCGACUUAAGUUAUACAACUAGAACUAUUUUAACUUUUAAUUUGUUGAAUGUUAUCUAUUACACAGUGAAAUUGACUUUUUCUAGCUACAUGUUGGCAAUAAAAUUGUCAUUGUUAUAAUGAAAUCGAAUAAAGACCAAACAAGUUAUGCGGAAGUGAAUACUGAUGAAGGUUAUGAAGCUCAAGGUUAUGGAAAUAAUUCGAAAUCAUCAUGGACUCCUUUCUUUAGACAGUUGCUGUUUAGUAGUACAAUUUGGACUCUUUAUUUUUUAUAUGGUUUACAUAUUGGAGCACCAACUGUACUUAUUGCACAGUUAAGGAGAGAAUCAAAAUCACCAUCGGAUAUUGAUGAUGAAAUGGCAUCAUGGAUUACAUCAAUUGUCACGUUUGGAGCACUACCUUGGGUAUUUCUUUUACCGAUGAUUUCACAGUUUAUGGGAAGGAAGAAAACUUUCAUAUUUAUUUACCUGAGCUGCUUUGUUGGGUUCUUAGUUCUUUAUUUGUGUAAAAAUUUAACACAGCUUUUGAUCGGUGAAAUCGUUUUGGGCAUAGUACUGGGGUGCUUACAUGCUAUUGGCCCUUUAACGAUAAAUGAAUAUGUGUCACCAAAGUAUCGAGGAAUAUUCAUGACUAUUAAAUCUGCGUCUUCAUACUGGGGCAUGUGGGUUUCAAAUGUUAUUGGAACGUUUAUGGAUUGGAAAAAUAUUGUAAUUUUAGCAUUUAUGUGUAACAUUUAUACCAUAACAGUUUUGAUCUGGCCGGAAUCACCUUAUUGGUUAGCACAGAAUGGAAAAGUCAUAGAAUGCAUGAAAUCACACAGAUGGUUAAAAGGAAACUCAAUGGAGGCAGAAAAAGAACUCGAAAAUAUUAUACGUUCCUUUAAAUGUCAAGAACAGUCCAACGUAAAGUCAAUAUUCUCAAAAGAGUAUUUGUUCACUUUGUACAAAACGUUAUCGUGUAAAGCAUUCUAUAAACCGGUUUCGAUCGCAAGUCUAAUUGUUUUACAAUAUCACUUAUCAGGUAAAUUAGUUUGUAGUAUGUACGCUAUAGAACUACUUAAAAAGAUAACAAAAGAUGAGUCAACUGCUUACAGAGGCAUGUUGAUUUUAGAUGGCAUUACCGUGUUCAGUGUAUACUGUGGCUGCGUUUUAUCACAGUUUUUUAAAAGAAGAACUUAUUUACUUAGUAGUUCCUUAUUCGCCAUAAUUUUCCUGUAUAUACUUAGCCUUUAUUUAUAUCUAACUCGUGAAUCAUUUAUUCCUGAGAACAAUAUUAUAACCAUAUCAUUGUUAGGAUUUUAUUCCGUAGCGGUAAGUGGUGGUCCGAUGAUACUUUUAACAUCUGUUUGUGGUGAGCUCAUUCCUAUCAGAUAUCAAAGAUCUGCCGCCAUCAUUGUCGGCGCGGUCGCUGCGACUGUGAUGAUAAUCACAAUCAAAUCAAGUCUCUUUUUAUUUAAAACUUUAACAUUAGCAGGUACUUUUCUAUGUUUUGCAAUAUUAUCAUCUAUUAUAACGAUUCUUUUGUAUUUAUAUUUGCCUGAAACAAAGGAUAGGACUCCAUUGGAAAUAGAAAAUAAUUUUGUACGAACUUCAAGUUCAAACGAAACAGGUAAAAAUAAUGGUUUGAUGAACCGCUAUAAUUGACACUUUUCAUAAAUAUAACAAAAAUAUUUACUAGUCAAUUAAAAAAAAAUAUAUAUUGCU